AUGAAUUCUUUGGUUUGCAGGAAAAGAUUAGGAAGGAACAAUGUAUGGGAACGUGUUCCUUUUCUUUUAACCUCUUUUGUAUCUGAAAAUCAUGAUUUUCCAACUUUAGCUCAAAAUCAAUUGGUUUUCGAUUCUGGGUCUUCGAGUUUUCUCGCAGGUUUCUCAAAAAUUCCAUCUGGGUCUUUCUCAUAUUACUCUAUUUCCCGCUAUUUUUCAACUUCAGUCUCAAAAGACAACGUUUUAGGAUCUGGGUCAGUUGCUUCAACAAAGACAAAUAAUUAUGGUUCAGAAAGGUGUCGUUUUUCGCAUCAUAGGUCGAGUGUUUUGGAGAAGAGAGUUUCUGGGUUUUCUUCAAGCUCUGGUUUUGUCCCUUUGAGCUUCUUUCAUUGGUUUAGUACUCAGACAGCCAUUGAACCCUCGACCUCUGAUGGCCUAACCGUCGAUAGAAUCUUAAAUAAUGAUUGGACCAUUCUGGACGAGAGCGAGAAUGAUUGGAAGAGUCAUGCGGCGGCAGUUGCCCAAUCCAUUCAUCUAAUUAAGAAACGUUUGCAGUGGAAGAAGUUGCUUGUUAGGCUGAAUUUGCUCUCAGUAGAGCUGAAUAAGCCAGAUCUUUGGAAUGAUCCUCUCCAUGCGGGGAAGGUUAGCCGUGAGCAUGGCUCGCUUAUGGGUAAAAUGAAAGGAGUCAAGGCAUUUGAACAGGAAUUGCUUGAGCAUAUAGACAUGUUAAAGCUUGCUCGGGAAGAGAAUGAUGCAGAGUUGGAAUCGGAAUCUUUAAAAGCUUUGCUUAAGAUGAGAAGGAUCUCAAAGGAGAAAGAGCUUGAAGCUUUGUUAGCAGGGGAACAGGAUCCUUGCUCAUGUUACAUGGAGGUUCAAGCAGGAGCUGGGGGUACCGAGAGCAUGGACUGGGCAGCAAUGGUGAUGCAGAUGUAUAAAUUGUGGGCUCAACGUCGUGGCUAUAAGAUUACCGUUGUGGAUGAAAUGCCUGGUGAGAUUGCAGGAAUCAAGAGGGCAACUAUCAAAGUAGAUGGUGAUUAUGCUUUCGGGUAUGCAAAAGCAGAAGUUGGAGUGCACAGGCUGGUAAGGAUCUCCCCAUUUGAUAGUAACAAGCGUCGGCAUACUUCAUUUGCUGCUGUUGCAGUAAUUCCAAUUAUGGGUGAUGCUUCUUCCCGUGUACAAAUUAAUGAAUCUGAUCUUCGUAUUGAGCGGUAUCGUUCUGGGGGUCCUGGAGGGCAACAUGCUAAUACAACUGAGAGUGCUGUGAGGAUAGUUCAUGUCCCUACAGGAAUUACAGCCACUUGCCAAAAUGAAAGAUCACAACACCAAAACAAAGCUUCAGCAAUGGCUGUACUCCAGUCUCGAUUAGACCAGCUCGAGAUGACACGACAGGCUCAGAUGAAUUCUCAGCAUACGCAAUCUCUUACUGAUAUAACUUGGGGAAGCCAGAUUCGUAGUUAUGUUUUACAUCCAUACCGCAUGGUGAAAGAUCUCCGGACUAAUUAUGAGGUGUCGGACCCUGAUUCUGUUCUUGAGGGAGAUUUAGAUGGCUUUAUCAUGAGUUAUUUAUCAGCUUCCUUGGAUAAGGAUUUAGAAUGACCGGUAAAUUCGAGUUUUUGUCAAAGGUUUAUCGUCGAAACCUGGCAUGUUUUUAGCAAUGGCAACCGUUUCGGGUGCAUGCUGCAGAGUACAACUAGCUCCAAUGGUGAGCUCAACAAGGAUUUUUUUGAGGGACUUGCCUAUGGAGCAAUGUUAUGAUGUUUUAUAUAUUAAAGUAUAUAUAACAGUUUUGACAGAAACACUAGAACAUGAUUAUUACUGAUGUAAUAUUUCUAUAGAUGAUGAAAGCAAUAAGCAUGACUUGUUUUUCAUCUCGAUUCUCAAGUCAAGUCUUAUAGAAGCCAUAUAUUAACCUCU